AUGAUUGAGAACACAGACACUGUUUUGGAGCUUGCAGUUCCCAGCAAAGGCAAGGAUGAAGACUCAGCCUCUAAUAUACUAAGCGCUGCCGGCUUGGAAGAAUACUCAGUUGCUUUGGCAGACAGCUACAGGAGUCCUGGCACCACUGGGGAUGACAAAAGUGACAAUUUGUGCGACCCGGACAACGAAGCCCUUGUCAUCUGCGACAGCAAGAACGGAAGCCCUGCCUUGCAACAUCCUGUCGACAGCAGCCAGGCAUUUGAAGGCAAGCCCAGUGAGAGCCGCAUGACCAUGGCUGAACCAGCGGGCAGUCUGGACAUUGAUGCAGGGGUUCCUGAAAACUCUUUGUACGCUCUACAAAGCCUGACCGCCAGCAUGCCUUCAUACCAGGAUUGCACAUACUUGGCAGGACAAGAGAGUAGCUGCGCGUCACUUCAGGCAUUCGCAGCACCUCAAGCCGGUGAUGCAGUUUCAAGCAGAAGUCACGCUGCAAUGGAGGAAGUUUCACCUACUUCAGAAAACAACGCAUCGGACGAUGAUCGCUCACAGGACUCCUCGGAGGACCUCUUCAAGUGUGAGACGUGUUGCAAAUCCUUCAUGUACUUCAAUUUCCUCACGAGACACCGCCGAAUGCAUAAGGCCAAGACGCCCUACGAAUACCAAACGUCCAGUAGAGAAAUUGGGAAACAAGAGCAGCUUAUCCUGCAUCAACACACGCAUACUGGGGACAGACCUGGCAACAGGAGUCCUGGCAGCACUGAGGAUGACCGAAGUCACAACGAGUGCGACCCAGACAAUGAAGCCCUUACUAUCUGCGAUAUGGACAAAAAAGGAAGCCCUGGCUUUCAACAUCCUGUCGACAGCAGCCAGGCCUUUGAAGCGAAGCACAGUGAGAGCUGCACGACCAAGGAUGAACCAGCGAGCACUCUGGGCAACGAUGCAGGGGUUCCUGAAAUUGCUUCGUACGCCCUACGGAGCCCGACCGCAUGCAUUCCUUCAUACCAUGAGUUUGCAUGGAACAAUGUCAGUGGCUGA